GAGUACGAGGAAGAACAAUCAGAGGACUCGGAGGAAGGCGUAGACUCGAACUCGCACGAGGACUCGGACGAAGAAGAUGCUCUUACGAUGAUCGGCCCAAGAAGCGGUGUCCCGGUGGAAGUCAAGUACGAUAUGCCGCGUGAUUUACCGUUCGUGCAACCCUACGAAGGCGGCGACUUCUUUUUCGUGCGCGAGUGCUAUGAUGUGUACUACGUGCUCGUGGAAAAGCUGCUGCUGGAGGGCAAAAGGUGCGUCACACUGACGGGAACCCGAGGAAUCGGCAAGUCCAUCUUCUAUGCCUAUUUCUUUGACCGUUUUCGCAGGGAACAUCAAGGAGAAGGAUGGAUCGUUGUUGCGUCGAGCUAUAAGAAAUCAGGAGAAGUUCCGGACAUGGCUGUUUUUGAGGAGGGCAAAGAGCCAAAUAUUAUUCGAGUGGCGAUCCCGGAAGCUCUCGGAAAGAUGGCGUUGUGCUUGGCAGGUGUUACUGCUGGACUAGAUGAUGAACUCCAAGAGCGGUUCUGGAACUUUGGCGGUGUGGCACAAAAUUGCCUCAACCUUGACUUUGAGGCUAUCCCUAAAGCUAUCCACGAUCUGACGGAGCCCAUUGCACAUAUUACCGAUCGAGGCGACCUCAAGAACCUGCUGGUGGGGAAUAACGACACUCGCCAUCGUUUCCUGCACUACCAGCCCAUUAGUACCGGGCGACGAAAGACGACAAAACUGGUGUCGGACAUGAUCUGUGAAAAGCUUUCGGAUGAGCUGCUGCAAGUAACCAAAGGCCGCAUCAACGAUGUUAAGCUAAUGCUUAUGGUAGUACCUGAAGUUGUCUCGCUGUAUGGGUGGGUUUUUGAAGGCAGUGCACACGCAAUACUGCAAGGUGGGCUUAAAAUGAGUGCACGACCGCUAGCAGCUGCUGGAGCACAGAAGACGGUGUUUACUAUAUCGAGUACUGCUGGAUCUGCUGUCUUCAAAACGGAGGCAUUGGCUCCUUCACUUCUAACAAGCAGCGGGCCAUACCACAAACCGAAGUCGAAAAUUCUGGAUUCAAUUGACGGGUUUUAUUUUUCAAAGGAGGUUGCGAAACUCACUGGAGAGCUGAGAGGCGAGUACAUGGAGAAGGAACCUAUCCUCUUGUUCCAGAUGAGCGUCCCCAAAGUGCAUCCUAUGCGCGCGUCGGGAAUUAUUUACGUACUUCGGAAGCUUGGUCUACUGGAGACUGUCGAGGAAAACCACAAACGAGCUGCAAUUAUAUUUCUGCAUCCUGCCGCUCAUGCGAGCGCCUUCCAACGACAGAAGAUUAUCGUUAGUGGCGGUUCUCCGAGAUCUAUUGAAGAAGCUCGCGGCAUUGGGCCACUGACUCAGAAAACACUAGCGAUGUACGGCGUCAAAACGGUUGAGGAGUUGAAGGACGGGAUUAACGCCUUCAGGGAUGGUAAAAUCAUUAUGCAAGACCACAGUUGA